UGACUACUCUGCACAAACACAAACCAUGGCUCCCAAGAAGACGGUCGGCAUUCUGGGCGGCGGCCAGCUCGGCCGCAUGCUGACGCACCCGGCUGCGCUGAUGGGCAUCCCUCUUUUGAUUCUUGACAAGGGCGAGUUCACGCCGGCGAAGCAGACGCUGCUUGCGCCAGAGGGCGUGGCACACCCCGACGGCGCCUUCACGAGCGAGGAGCACAUCCGUGCUCUUGCGAAGGCAUGCGACGUCCUCACCGUCGAGAUUGAGCACGUCAACGCAGACGUGCUCGCCGCCGUUGUCGCUGAGGGUCUCUGCGAUGUCCAGCCUUCCCCCGGCACCAUCCGCCUCAUCCAGGACAAGUACCUGCAGAAGGCGCAUCUCGCUGCGGCCGGCAUCCCCGUCGCGCCGUUCCAGGCGCUGCCCAACCCGUCCGCCGCGGACGUCAAGGCGCUCGCGAGCAAGCUCGGCCUGCCGAUGAUGAUCAAGGCGCGGACGUUGGCGUACGACGGGCGCGGCAACGCGCCGCUGAAGAGCACAGACGACGCGGCGAUUGCCGAGGCCCUCGCGUUCCUCGGCGACAGGCCGCUGUACGCCGAAGGCUGGGCGCCCUUCGUCAAGGAGGUCGCGGUUAUGGUGGUGCGCAACGUCGCGGGCGAAGUGCGUUCGUACGACGCCGUCGAGACGGUGCACCGCGACAGCAUCCUGCGCGUGUGCUCUGCCCCGCUGCGCGCUGACGGCGCGGCGAUGCGCGGUGUCAACGAGCGUGCGCGCCAGCUCGCCGAGCGCGCCGUCGCCACGCUCGACGGCGCGGGCAUCUUCGGCGUCGAAAUGUUCCUCCUCCCCGAUGGCAGCUUGCUCCUGAACGAGAUCGCGCCGCGCCCGCACAACUCGGGACACCACACCAUCGAGGCGUGCCACACCAGCCAGUUCGAGAACCACCUGCGCGCGAUCCUCGCCCUCCCGCUCGGCGACACGGGGCUGCGCGUCCCGGCCGCGGCCAUGGUCAACGUGCUUGGCGUGGACGCGAACAUGGGCCCCGUCGAGCAGAUGGCUGACGACGCCCUCGCGGUUCCCGGCGCGACCGUGCAUCUCUACGGCAAGGCCGAGAGCCGCAAGGCGCGCAAGAUGGGCCAUAUCACCGUCACGGGCUCGAGCGACGCCGAGGUGCGCUCGCGCGUCCGCACCCUUCUCUCGCAACAGCCCGACCUCGACAAGGCGUUCAUCGACGCCGUCGCGCCCGCCUCGGAGCCGGGGCACAGCCACGGCGCCCCGCUCGUCGGCAUCAUCAUGGGCUCGGACUCGGACCUCCCCACCAUGCUCCCCGCGACCAAGAUCCUCGACAAGUUCGGCGUGCCGUACGAACUGACGAUCACGUCGGCGCACCGCACGCCGGACCGCAUGGUCGCGUAUGCGCGCUCGGCCGCGUCGCGCGGCUUGCGCGCCAUCAUUGCUGGUGCGGGCGGCGCCGCCCACCUCCCAGGCAUGGUGGCGAGUGAAACGAGCGUGCCCGUCAUCGGCGUGCCUGUCAAGGCGUCGGUGCUCGACGGCGUCGACAGCUUGUACUCGAUCAUCCAGAUGCCGCGGGGUAUCCCCGUCGCCACGGUCGGCAUCAACAACAGCACUAACGCUGCGCUCCUCGCCGUGCGUAUCCUCGGCACGUCGGUGCCGGCAUGGCAGCGCGACACGGAGGCGUACGCGCACGCUCUCGAGCAGGAGGUGUUGGACAAGGCCGACGUGCUCGAGAACAUGGGGUGGGAUAAGUACGUCAAGGACGUGCUGAAGAAGUAGAGGCGUUUCUAGAUGGUUGUGUAAUGUAUGGUCUUGCGCGG